GGACUGCAAAGUUUUGUUCCAAUACUUCAAAUUUCGUUUGACUAUUCCGCAAGGCCGCACAUGGGUGUUUUGUCUUUAAGUGUUGUUAUUUCGAAAUGGAUGGCACUUACGACGAGAUCGUCUCUGAGAAUCCAUUUUUUCUGGAAUUAAAGAACGAAUAUGCUAAUUUAUUUCAACACUGCUUAUCAGAAUCUUGGAUAAUAUGCGUGCCCCGUAUCGGAAGUUUAACGAGUCGCGUAUUUACUGUUGAAGAUUUCUGCGCUCAUUUGUUGGUACCCAGUGAUGAACUGCCGGAAACUCACUUCAAUACACUGACAGAAAAGCAGGUAACUGUCAUGAACAAAGUUAUCACAGUGGAAGUAUCCAAGGGUCUGCCGUUACAAAGUCACAUACUCUUCGAAGAAACAUUUUAUACUGAAGACUUCAUGAAGUACAAGGUAUGGUGCAUUGAGUCUCCUCUAGAACCUACUAAAACAACAGACGACGCAGUAGUGUCUAAAGAAUAUUUAUCAGGCAUAAAUGAUUGUAUUGACUUACUGUGGACACAAGCAGCAGGUCGGCAAGUACUUGAUAAUAUUGAGCAAAAUGUUGAAACUUUUUUGAAGAAACAUUCUAAUUUGCCUGUAGCUAUAGGGCCCCUCAGAGAUACUGUCAGCGAACUCUAUACCCAAUGUUUACAAGUGACGCUGCAAAACAGAAGACUCAGGGAUAAAUCGAAAUCAUGCAAACAAGUACUAGAAAAUAUAAAAUUAUCUGUAGAAAGUUAUAUGCAGCAUUUAUUAUUUGAUUCUAUUUUCAAAUCCAUCUGCACGUCGUGUGCUUAUGAGGAUGCUCAUCUCAACAAAAAAAUAAGAAACAUGUGUGACAUACAACUUCGUGAUUUAGACAUUAAGAAAGACCUUUACCAUACAGUGCCGAAAGCAAAACAAAUAUUAUCGAAAAUCGAUACAUACAACACAGUUCUCGAAAAAUUAGUAUGUCUUAAACAAGCACUCAAUAGUAUUAACAAAAUAGAUUCAAGUAACAAUGUUGUUCUUUUAACUGCUGAUGAUUUAUUACCAGUCUUUGUGUUCCUAGUCAUAAAAUCUGGUUUACCCAACUGGUUCAGUCAGUUGACAUAUAUGAAAGAAUUUCGGUUUAGUAGUGCUGGAAAAUGUGAUGGUGAUGAAAGCGCAUUUCUGAUCACUACACUAGAAGCUGUCAUUGGACACAUACAAUCAGGUGCAUUAACAGGGCCUCCAGACCCAGAAGCCUACUACUAUUAUGAAAGUAAUCUAACAGAAGAGAACUUGAGUUGCAAGCAGAGAAAAAGCAGUCUUACUGAAUCUAUAUCCACUAGUGACACUUAUAACAAAGAAGAAAAUUUGGAAUACAUUUUUGAACUCAUAAAAGCAAAUCAAUGCGAACAAGUCCAAACAAUAUUACAGAAAAACCAGAAACACCUUCAAAAUCUUCAAAAUAAUGAAGAUAAUGUAUUGAAAAUAAGUCUUGAUGAUCUGUCUAAUGAUGAAGAUGAUGACAGUGAUCUUGAAAUAUACCACAAACUCUGCCAUCCUCUUUGUAACUGCAAGAAAUGCAAAUGCAAGAUUUCUAAAAAUCUCCUCAAAACUUGUCCCACUAUGACAUCAAGAGAUAGUCACGGCUUAACAGCGCUGCAUGUGGCAUCCAUACAUGGAAAAGCCACAAUUGUCGAAACCCUGCUUGAAAUGGGAUCUGAAAUCAAUGCAACUGAUCUCAACGAAUGUUCAGCCCUACAUUAUGCUUCUUCUAGAGGUCAUCAAAACGUUUUAUUACUGCUUCUUCACUCUGGAGCAAAUAUAAACCAAAAAAACAUUGACAAAAAUACACCUCUACACUUAGCAGUUAAUAAUGGACAUCUUCACUGUGUAAAAGCAAUCAUAUACUUUGCUGAACAUAGUGGAAGAAAGAUUAAUAUUAAUUGCGCUAAUGAAAGUGGCAACACACCAUUGCAUUUGGCUUCAAAAUGGGGUUAUGAAGGUAUAGCUAGACUUCUAAUCGAACAUGGGAGCGAACCUUCCCUUCAAAAUAGCUACCAUAAAACGGCUUUUGAUUAUGCUCAUAAUCUGAGAAUACUUCAAGUUCUUAAAUCCUGCACACCUAACUUAUUUGAAUAUAUACACAUAACAAGUUCUGAAGUUAAAAAAAUAAGUUGCGAAUCUGAGAAACCAACAUCACUUAAAUUACAGAAUUUAACUUUGAAAUGUAGUGACACAAAUGAUGCUUUAAAGACCAUUGAAAACCUAAAACUUAUUGAAAGAAUAUUAAGAGCUAUUUCAUAUGGUGAUGUGAAGUUAGCUUGUUUCUACAUGAAUAUAGAUUACUCUGCCUUUAUAGCCCCGGAUAAGGAAAAAAGAAAUUCUCUCUGUCAUCCAUUAUGUGAAUGCCAAUAUUGUAAGAGAAAAACAGAAUCAUGUACAGACUUUGAUGUUAAUGUUUGUGAUUCAAAUGGAUUUACUGCAUUACAUUACGCUGCUCGUUACGGAUUAGAUGAGUUUUGUAACAUUUUAAUAUUCAAUCGAGCAAAUGUUAACUGUCGUAAUAAGAAAGCACAGACGCCCUUACAUUUGGCGGCCAUUAACAAUAAGACUGUAGUCAUACGUUUACUCCUUGACAAUGGUGCUAAUAUAAAUGCCAUAGAUGUUGCCCGUAACACACCUUUGCAUGACGCUAGUGAAACUGGCAACAUAGGAGCUGCAAAAAUAUUACUAAGUUACAACCCAGACAUUACUUUACUUAAUGCCACAGAAAAAACAGCUUUAGCAGUUGCUAAAGAUAAAGUUCAUUUAACUAUAAUAGACCUAAUUGACAACUAUGCGAAUAAAUAUGCUAAUACCUAAGAAAUAAUUUCAGAAUAAUGAUUACUCCAAUUCAUACUGAUAGCUUUAAUUUCGUUAGACUUUUAGAAAUUAAGAGUUUAGGGAUUAAGUGUAACAGGGUGUUGAUUACUGCCAUUUUCUACAAACAUAGACCACAUUCCAUGGAAGCAUGAUCAUGUUUUUAGUAAUUAAGAAUGUCCUCAUCUCAUGUUAGCUGAUAGUGUUUUGUGCCAUAUUCACAAGUUCUAACAUCACCUGAAUACUGUCAAACCUUAUCAUCAAGCAUUCGGUCACACUAAAUCUUUUCUAAUCUUAUGAAUUUAUCAAUACUCAUUAAAGUGUUUUGCAUACAAGAAAUCAGAAUUAGUCAAGGUUAUAAUUUAGAAGUAAUUUUAUAAAUUUCCAGAUUAAAAUUCUUGUAACCACUGAAUCCUUCUCCUUAUCGUGAAUGAUAUAAUGUCAUUGACAAUCCAGUUAUUGAGACAUUUAAUAUUUAAGUUAUAGUGAUGAGUAAUUGCUUAUCUUUAUUAUCUAUAUAACAAUAUAGUAAGUACAACCUGAUUUCGUCGAAUCUUAUUUCUAAGACUGACUAUAUUAAUCAUUAACAUCACAUUUUUAUAAAGAAUAAAUAAUUAAAAAAGAAGAUUUGCUUUAUUUAUU